GGAACUUGGCGUCGGGGGCCGCGCGCGGCGGGGACAGGCCCGGCCUCGCGGGAGGCCCGAGCCGGCGGCGUUCAUGAAGCAUGUCGGCCACCAGCGUGGAUCCCCAGCGCACAAUGGUUCUUUGCAGCCGAAGGAGACGGUGCACGACGCCGACUUCGAGCCCUACCUUCCCGGACAGUCGAGUCAGAGUAGCUCUUACCCCUCGAUGAGCGAUCCCUACCUGUCCAGCUACUAUCCGCCAUCCAUCGGAUUUCCCUACUCCCUCAAUGAGGCACCGUGGUCCACUGCAGGGGACCCUCCGAUCCCCUACCUCACCACCUACGGGCAGCUCAGUAACGGAGACCACCACUUCAUGCACGAUGCCGUGUUCGGGCAGCCCGGGGGUCUGGGGAACAACAUCUAUCAGCACAGGUUCAACUUCUUCCCUGAGAGCCCCGCCUUCUCAGCGUGGGGCGCCGGCAGCUCUCAGGGCCAGCAGACUCAGAGCUCGGCGUACGGCAGUAGCUACACGUACCCGCCGAGCUCGCUGGGUGGCACGGUUGUGGACGGGCAGACGAGCUUCCACAGCGAGACCCUCAGCAAAGCCCCCGGCAUGAACAGCCUGGAGCAGGACAUGGUCGGCCUGAAGAUCGGGGAAGCCACCACCUCCACGGUCAAGGCGGCAGGCUCUGUGGUCAGCAGUGUGGCGCUGGCGGGCGUCCUGUCCAGCAGUGGUGGGACGAGUGUCAGCAUGCCGGUCGCAAAGCCAACCUCGUGGGCCGCCAUUGCCAGUAAGCCCGCAAAGCCACAGCCCAAGACGAAAGCCAGGAGUGGGCCUGCAGCUGGCGGUGCCCUGCCGCCCCCUCCCAUAAAGCACGACAUGGACAUUGGCACGUGGGACAACAAGGGGCCCGCGCCCAAGGCCCCGGCGCCCCAGCAGGUGGCUCAGCCUCCCCCUUUGGCCCAACCACAGUAUCAGAGCCCUCAGCCGCCUCCCCCGGCCCGCUGGGCAGCCCCUCGCAGCCGAACCGCAGCAUUCGGGCAGAGUGGAGGGGGCGGCAGUGACGGCAGCUCUCCCGGGAGCAGCCAGCCUGGUUCUGCCCCAAGUGUCGAAUCCCACCCGGUCCUCGAAAAACUGAAAGCUGUGCACAGCUACAACCCGAAGGAGUUCGACUGGAACCUGCGCAGCGGGCGUGUGUUCAUCAUCAAGAGCUACUCGGAGGACGACGUGCACCGCUCCAUCAAGUACUCCAUCUGGUGCAGCACGGAGCACGGCAACAAGCGGCUGGACAGCGCCUUCCGCGCCACGGGCAGCAAGGGGCCCGUCUACCUGCUCUUCAGCGUCAACGGCAGCGGCCACUUCUGCGGGGUGGCCGAGAUGAAGUCCCCCGUGGACCACGGCGCCAGUGCCGGGGUCUGGUCUCAGGACAAGUGGAAGGGGAAGUUCGACGUGAAGUGGAUCUUUGUCAAGGACGUGCCCAACAACCAGCUGCGGCACAUCAGGCUGGAGAACAACGACAACAAGCCGGUGACCAACUCGCGCGACACCCAGGAGGUGCCCCUGGACAAGGCGAAGCAGGUGCUGCGCAUCAUCGCCUCCUACAGGCACACGACCUCCAUCUUCGACGACUUCUCCCACUACGAGAGGCGCCAGGAGGAGGAGGAGGUGGUGCGCAAGACUGACCUAACGUGAAAUGAAACAAAACAAAGAACCGGACACGUCCCAAAGAGCCUGCUUCCCAUGGUGGCAGGAGCUACGCUCUCACUCUGGUUAGCGUUUCCACUGGAGACUGCACCGCUUCACACCCACUGUCGCCUUAGCGCAAACGUAGGGAACCAUGUGUGUGUCGUCUGUCCUGGUACUGGAGGCAGGCGGCCGUGUCUCCUGCUCGGGGGACGCCGGUUUUUAUCACCCGUGUCACCUGUCGGGUGCCGAUCCGCCCACUGCACUCUUAAACGGCUGCAUUUUAAUUUUUUAAAUUUGGUGACCACAUUUUGUGUCCUUGGAAAAACCCGUCAUUCCACAGCCUUGCCCGCCCUGAGCGAGUGCUCGGGCCCUCGGCCCUCCGCCGACCCAGGGGUGCCGAGGAGUGGGGCCAGUCGCUGGCAGGUGCUGUAAUUCCGCCCUCGCUCCCCGGGGUUCCACGGCUGAGAGCUGAGCUUCCGGCAUAGGGUCUGCCUGUACAGUCGGCCGCCGACGGUGGUGAGGACCGAACCUGUACAAGGGAAAUCGCGCGUGUCUCGUGGAAGGCGGACCCGUGGAGAGCUCGGCGAGAAGCACGAGACGGCGGCCGACACGCUCACACGCCAGCUCUGCACGCCCGCGUGAGGGUCUGGCUGACCGAGAGCAGACCCCUUCUAGAACUGUGUAUUCCAGAAGACCCGCUGGGUUCCAGUCACGCCGCGCUACCUCUGGUGGAGUGGAGGGCGGCGUGGGCGGCUGCCUGCAGAUGAGCCUUAAUAAACACC